AUGCAGCAGCUGGCGCAACCACUUCCCUAUGCCCAGCCCCUUGCCUACCCGCCACAGUACGGCCACAUGCCCAUCCUCCACGCCCCUACUCAGCAGACGGGCUAUCCCAUCGCGCCCAGUGUGUGUCCUCCGUUUAUGAUGCCGGGCAGCUCACCCUCGUCGCUGCCCUCGGGAAUGGCGCAGUGGAAUCCUUGGACCGAGCAGCCUGCGAAACACACGACGGUCGACUCCCUAGCGAUGGAAGACAGAGACGGCAGCGCCAAGAGGAAAGGGAGAAGAUCCGCCAGAGGUGGCGCAAGCAGCCUCGCCACCAGCGGAACGGCCUACACCCCUGGCAUCCACAUACGCUUCUCCGAUGGCGUCGCUUUCGACGAGCGCUCCGCCGCUCCGCUCACCAACCCAACGCAAGCCGUAGCGCUCAAGCGACUCUACCCUACUUCCUCUCCAUCACGCGUCAGGAAUGAGAUACGACAUCUUAAAUUGCUGGGAGGAACCAACUUCGUGCUCCCUUUGCUUGGCGGGUUGAGGGAGGCCGACCAGAUAACUCUCGUUUUGCCCUAUUUCAAGCAUGACCGGUUCAAAGAGUACAUUAACCGAUUCACCAUCGAUCAGCUACGACUUUACCUCUACUCGCUUUUCACUGCGCUGCACCACAUGCACCGGCACGCGGUCAUCCAUCGCGACGUCAAGCCCAGCAAUUUUCUGUACUCGAUUGAGCGCAACGAGUUCCUGCUCGUAGACUUCGGGCUGGCCGAACUGGACGAGUCCAAGGUGCUCCAAGCCGAAAACAGCUCCGAUGUCUCCUUGCAGAAUUACAUUCGUAACUUCCUUGGCGUUACAUCGGCCGCUGGCGAGCGUGGGAGCAUUGCCAGAGCGCGCGCGGGCAUGGCCGGCGAGCAGGGAGGGCUGGAACCCGAGGAUUUCGGGCGCCCGAGGUACGCGAAGCUGCCGACGCCCAAGAGAGGCGUGCUCGAUCACCGUCUU